GUAAUGUGUAAGUUUUUCCUUUCUGAAUCGUGACAGAUGACCAUAGAGACAACAUCAAAACUGACUCAUCAAGGUCAUAGCUAUUUUUGUUUUUAGAAUAGGUAUUAGGUACUUGCUUAAAACCUAGGUACCUAGUCUAACAAGAUGGAUUCGAGCGUUCAAGUUGUUUUAGUGGGUGAGAAUUUGGGGGAACGACAUCACUAUCUAAACAAUCUCGUCAAAGAAACGUGCGAUAAGCAAACAUACGAUUUCUCAAGCCUUCCCGAAAAUACUCCAAUCGACAGGAUAUUUAAGAUCGACGUGGCGAAUCGUCAGAAAAUUGUAAAUUAUGUCCUCGAAACACUUAAAGACAAUGAUAUGCUGUAUGUUACUAGAGCAUUGAAAUGCACAUGGCUGUUGGACUCGGAUUAUUGUAGCACCGUAAAUCCUGUUUAUUUAGAGACUAUCCUAUUUCCGGAGAUGACCAAACCGGCUGUGAACAAGAUGAAACACUGGAUACAAGCAAACCUCAAAGAUUCUGAACGUUGUCAAAAUUUUUAUGAAUAUUACAGGUCCAAUUUUGACGAAUCAAUUAAUUUCCUAUGGUACUGUUCAAGGGAAUUUAUAACAGGAGAAUUAAAUAACAUUAUUGACAAAAUAACACCAAAACAUCUAGCGAGACUUUGCGAUGCGUGCCCUCAAAUCGCUAGAAUGUAUUUCGAAAGCUUAAACAGUAAUCGAAAAGCUCUAUCGCGAUACUUGGAUUCCGAGUUGGAAUAUUUCAAUAGCUUGAAAUGUUUGUUGAAAAUGGAUGGCAAUAUGUAUCUAGAUCUCGUUGAAUUAUAUUUUAAUCAAUAUAAACAUAACUUCUUCAGCCCUUCAUCGACUCGAUAUGUCAUAAAAAACUUUAAGAACAAAUUUUUGGCCAAGCCAGAGUUAUACACAACUCAAUUUUUAAAUAUGAAUACAUUAGCUGCUUGUUUGUCAGCAGAGGAAUGUAAAGAACUUAUUCUACUUUUAGCAAAGGCAGAAUAUAUAGAAUCGUGGUUUUCCUAUCAAUCUGUAGAGCCGCUCAUAAAGCGACUGCCUCCCAAUGAAAGAGCUUCUUUCAAAAAACUUGUUUUUGUGGACAAAGCUGUUGGUGAUAAAGUAAAAAAAUGGCCGUACCCGACGCCUUCCCCUUUGAAGCUCGAUGAACUUGAUGAUCUUAUCUUUACCGAUGAAGAGCACGAUGACUACGAAUUAGAUUGUGAAGACUUGGAUUUUAGGCGAUUUUUGAAGAAACGUAAAUAUAUGGCAUGCAGCAUGAAAAUGCAAAGUGUCAAUUGUUCAAGACAAACUUUGUUGGAUCAACUGUUUAGUCGCUAUCGUUUCACGGGAUUCGCAAAAACAUUUACCGAACUCAGUACUCGCUUGCAAAUAUCGAAUACUAUUGAAGAGCGACAAAGCAUCAUGUUGGUGCUCGUCAGCAAGAGCGGUCGAGUGCCCGAGCAAGUCGAGAAACUAAUGAAGAUGCUUGAGGAGCGUCAUACCAAUGAGCCGAGCAACCUCCGAGCGGCUAUUGUAAGGUCUUUUGUAAAACGUGGCUGUAUUUGGCGAGCCUCUGAUGAUGUAUGGAACUCGAUGCUUAAAUUUGGACACGGGCUGGGCCUCGAUGGCGACGCGGGAGAUCCGCUAUGUAUAGAAGGUGUCCAUGCAGUAACACUUCGUCACUUAAUUAAGAACACUUUACAGUCUGUCGGUUUAAUGGAUGCGUUCAAGAAAAAUUUCACAACGUUCAAGGAAUAUGAGUUGAGUGCCGCUGAAAUAAAACUGGUGAAAGAACAUUUGCCACCGCUACUAUUACCAGAGUGUCCAAACGAGUUUUUAGAUAUAGUCUCGGCAUAUAAAAUUAAAGUAAACGAAAUAAGUGGUGCGAUUGAUAUAUUGGCAAAAGUGUCGGAAAAUAAUCCCGAUUUAAUAGAACGCUUGUUCGAUAAAAGACUUGCACGUCGUCAGCUCAUUGCUCUAACGUUCCCUAUAAAACAAUCCGAAGCGUCAUAUAUCAAUGCUUUAAGGCACGAUGUAUCGUUAUUAGAUGAAGGCGAAAGUUUUGCCGCUCUAGCGGCUAAGAAAUAUACAAAUCAUGAUCGCUUUUUACAGUCCCUAAGAAUUUAUUUCAGCGAAACAAACGGCCUUGCCGCGAAGCACCUGACAGCUUUGGAAUAUGCAUUUGAUCGAAAACCAAGAUUGCGCCUGGUGCGGUCUUUAGCAAUUUUAUCGUCCAAUUACAUAGUGCUAAAAAGAAUACAACAGCUAGAUCCAAAAAUUCUGAAAAAAAGAUCUAAAAUUGCAUCAGCGUUAAAAGCAUUAGCGCAUAAAACAAAUCCACCCGUGGAUAUCAAUGCAGUCGGUUGGAGAGUGUUGGGUGCUAAGGCUGUAGCCAACAGAGUGUUCAUCUGUAAAGCUACGGCACUGGAACAAUACACAAAGGCGUGUCUCGAAUGGUCCCAAACUUAUGGCAUCGGUCUGCGACUCGCUCUGAACACCUCAUUCGAAGAAGAAGCAUUUACGCUUGUGUCUGAGAAAAAGCCUAAAGUCGCUCUUUCCGUGGCUGCUUCUUAUUACUUUGCAAAGUCUCGUGUGAUUAAACCCAAUAUUUGGGAAAUUGUUAAAAAGAUUUUAUUAAAUAUGGACGUUUCGAAGUGCCCUAAGAGAUCAUAUAAAAGUUUAACAAGCAAUGUUCCAAAGAACAUAGAAGCCGAAUUUUGGACAAUAAUAUACCGAAUGAACCUAGCAUACAAGAGAAAUAAAGCGGAGUCAGCUCUGUUGAAAUUAGAAAAUAUUCUGUCGAAAGUAGAUCGCGGUUUUAUUAGUAAAGUCGUUGAUGGUUUUAUAGAGAAUGAUUUGACGGUCGGUAAUUUCACAAACUACAAUAAUUUAAUAGUAUGUGGUAUUACACCAACGACGAGAGCUGGCGUUUCGAAAAGAGUUCUGAGUAUGUAUAUGCGUAUAACAGCAAAAUAUUUACUUUUAUGCAAGAAUGAAAAUGAACAGUCGGAAACAAUCGAAAACGUUCUAAAUCCAUUUUUUGAUCGAAUUGAUGAAUUAUGGAAACAAAUACCAGAUAAAUCCAGCAUACUCGAGUGUAUGGAUGACUUUUUGCGUUCUUUAAAAUAUACCGAAGUGUUUAUAGAUACUGAAUAUACUUCGUGUUUGUUAAUGUUUGAAAAAAUAAUCGCCCGUUUACAUAAAGUAUUACCCCGAUUGGAAUAUUUCGAAAAAUAUGUAAAAUUGCAUUUUAUAAUACUGUUCUUUAAAGCAAUAAGAAAUGCUAUAGCUCAAGAUCCGAACAUAUUUAAAGCUGAAAAUAAAGAAAACGCUAUGAAAGUUGUGGGGACGUAUUUUGGUCAAUAUAUGGGAAGUGAAGUCAAAGAACUUGUGUCUGAAUUCUUCAUUUCUAUUAUAGAGAUAUACAAAGAAGGCCUAAUUGAGUUUUUGGAAUCUUAUUUCAGUUACACACCGAGUAGAUACAAAUUCGUGACGCCUAUUGUAAAAGGUCUAUUUAAAAAUAACUGCUUAGAGGCUCACUUGCUCGCUCAUCAUAUUUUCGUUAAAAUAUACCACGAAAAGUCGCAAGACUAUGAUGAAGUUUUCCAAACAUUGAAAAAGAGCGAGUUUCAAGAAUUACAGUUUAUUUUAUUACAAACAGAAUAUUGUAAAAAUAUUUGCUAAUAAACAGAGUAGUUA